UCACUUACACACGAGCGCGCGCUCACGCCCACUCAGAGUCCACACCAGACCAUUAGCAUCAAAUUGAUUAUCCGACUGGGUCUCGGCAGACAGACAGGGGCAGUGCAGUGCGACUUCUACCGUCAGCCGGGUCGCUCCUACUCUUAGACACACUACUCCUAUCCGAGAUGAGACUGUCGACGGCGGUGCUCCUGGCGUGCGCGGGCGUCCUGCUGUGCGCCCUGCAGCCCACCCUGGCCAUGCCCUACGUGUUUCAGCCCAUGAGCGGUGCGGGCGGCAGCGGCACCCAGGUCAUCGUAGACGAGCUGGAGGAGGAGACCCUCCAGGUGAAGCAGCGCGUCGAGCUGCCCGUCGUGGACGGCGGCAGCAUCCGGGACGAGCAGGGCGCCGAGGAUAUGGUGCUGGAGGAGGACAUGGAGGUGGACGUCGAGGUGGACGAGUCCUCACCCAGCCCCGCGCCCAGCUGCAGCUGCAAGUUGCGCAAGUGCUGGAAGAGCUGCACACGUCGCGGCUACAACUGGGGCAUCUGCCUCUGCAAGAAGUGCCACUGCUACUACUGAAAACACUUCUUUGUCUCGAUUAAACGCCGUUUCAACAUUUGUAAAA